ACACCAAGAAAUAACUCCUAGGUUAAAUGUAAUGAAUGAAAGGAAAGCGCCAAUUUGACGUCGAUUGGUGUCUUCGUUUGUUGUGGGAGAUGACAGUUUGUUAAUUAGCUAAAAUACACUAUGAUAUUAUGGAUGACAGUGGAAAUAAUCUUCACAAAAAACAGGGUACCAGGGUCUUCAAGAAAAGCAGCCCAAAUGGAAAAAUCACAACAUACUUGUGCAAAAGGGAUUUCAUCGACAGUCUAGCAGAUGUAGAUCCGAUUGAGGGCGUCGUAUUGGUUGACCCAGAGUAUGUCAAGGGACGGAAGGUGUUCACUCACGUUUUAUCAGCAUUUCGUUAUGGACGUGAAGAUUUGGAUGUUCUUGGGUUGACAUUUCGCAAGGAUCUCUAUCUAGCCUCAGCUCAAGUUUACCCUCCAGUUUAUGCAUCCGAAUCCGAUAACUGUGGAAGGGUUCUAUUAAAUCCGGCAAGUACAGCUGUUUGUGGAAAUUCUAAGCCUCCUGGUCCAGAAGUUUCUGAAGGGACAGAAGAUAGUUUACAUUCUGGUACUCUUCCACUGACAAGACUACAAGAACGUCUGAUUAAAAAGUUAGGAAGUAAUGCCUUUCCAUUUUACUUCAAGCUUCCUGCAGACGCACCUGCUUCAGUUACACUUCAGCCAGGUCCAAAUGAGAACGGCAAACCAUGUGGUGUAGACUAUGAAUUAAGAACUUAUGUGGCUGAGACAUCGGAUGAUAAAUUACAAAAACGCCGAAUGUUUUUAUGCGGAGCUAUAAGCUACCGCCCGGACAAUCAAUUACAGUGUAAUAAACGUAAUGCUGUUCGACUUGCUAUUCGUAAACUGACUUAUGCACCAGAAGAACCAGCCCCACAACCAUCUGCAGUGGUCCUUAAGGAAUUCAUUAUGAGUCCAGGUACACUUCGUUUGGAGGUCUCUCUAAAUAAAGAAAAAUAUUAUCAUGGGGAAUCAAUAGAUAUCAAUGUUUUGGUAGACAAUAAUUCAAAUAAGACAGUGAAAAAAAUCAAAUUGUCAGUUAUUCAAAUUACAGACAUUACAUUGUUUAGUCGUGCCGUAUACAAAUGUACAGUUGAUGAAGCUGAAUAUGAUGAGUCAUUUCCUAUUUUACCAAGUCAAACGGGUUGGUGUAAAGUAUAUAAACUACGUCCAUUACUUGCCAACAACAGACAUAAACGUGGUCUAGCAUUAGAUGGUAAAUUAAAACAUGAAGAUACUAAUCUGGCUUCAUCCACAAUUAUAUGCAAUCCGAACCAUAAAGAAAAUCUUGGCAUGACUGUUCAGUAUCGUGUAAAAGUUCGAUUAGUAUUAGGAUUCGUGUCAAGUGAUGUCAGCGUGGAACUUCCAUUCACACUAACUCAUCCAAAGCCUGAUUCAGAUGUCAAUGGUACUUCAUCAAAGCUAGUUAUUGAUGAUGAUAAUGAUAUUCUUCAUCCUUUGUUGUCUGGAUCUGAUGAUAGAUUAAAACAUAAUCAGCAUAUCUUGCAACAAUCCCAGUUUUAUUCAAACGAACAAAGUUCAUCUGAUCGUAAUGUAAAUAUUACAGAUGAUUUAAUUAAAUUGGAUGAUGGAAUAAAUGACAACAAAGCAUAUUUAGUCAGUAGUGUUGGUGGCGGUGUUGAUGAUGACGAUGAUUUGAUUUUUGAAGAUUUCGCUCGUCUACGUUUAAAAUCAUAUGAAUCUGAUAAACGUAUGGAUAUAGCUGAUUCAUCUACGGCUGAUCCAACAGUGGCAACAAAUGUCAACACAUCUAACGCUGUCAUUUCUCCAUCAUCAACAUCAUAACAGUAAUUUUUUUUAAAAAAAUGUAUAUUUUCUUAUUUUCUACUAACAUUCUUUCUUAAAUAGUUACACGAUUUUUUUUUCUUUUGCUUUCUUUAUAAUAUAUAACUAUAAUGAUUAUUUGUAUUUUUGUGGGAACUACUACUAAUACUACUGAUAUUCAGUGCUUUUAACUAAUGCUUUUGUUUAUUUCAAAAGAAAUUUUAAUUCAAUAAUUUCAGUUUAUUAAAGUAAUUCUUUUCUUAAUUAUUGUUCAGGCUGAUUGAUUAUGAUUUUUAGAUCAACUUGAAUUUGAAACUGGAAAAAUAAACAGAUUAUUUUGACUGUUCAAUAUUUCUCUUCUUGUCACUCUCUCUCUCUCUCUCUCCAUGCUCAUUUAGUUUCUCUUCGUUUUAUAUGUGUCUUUCAUCAGAAUAGUUUGAUCAAUUUAUUUCCUUAUAGAAGUUGUACUAAUGUUAUAUAUUCAAAGUAUUCAUUUUCAAUGUAUUCAACUUUAUUUCUUAUUCCCAUUCAUAAGUAUAAAUUAUUUCAUAACAAAUAUCUAUUAAUUUUCUUUUCUUUUGUUGUUGCAAAUCUCACAAAUUAAAUGAAAACUAAUGAAAAGUAAAUGAAUGAAGAAAUCUCUUAAUGGAAUUUGUCAAUAUCAUUAUUAUCAUUAUUUAAGUUUUAAUGAUUUAUUUUGAAAGAAUAAAAGUCUUGUAUAUUUGUAACUUUUAAUUGAGUUUUACAUCAAAAUAAUAAUGGACUUGGUAAUAGAAGUAUAGUAAGUAAUAAGUGUUCGAUUAGUAAUGAUCAUCUAUUAAGAAAAGUAUAUCAGUAUAUAUGUUUUAGUGUUUAUUUGGAUAUUAUACAUAUAUAUAUAUAUCUUUGGUUUUAGUUUUACUUAACUGAAAUUAGACUCAUCUCAUGAAGAUUUGUUCUACUCGAACACAAUGAUGAUUAUACUACUGAUAUUAUUUCUUAUUUAAAAUGAUCCCUCAAUCUAUUUUUUAUAAUUAAGAAAUGAAUUAUUGUUUAACUAAUGUAUCUUUAAUGUUUCUAUCGUGUAAAUAAGUGAGAAUUCUACAUUAAUACAUCAUCAAGUGUUCGUCUUAACUUCUAUUUAUCGUUGUUUUAUUCGUCACCGUAACUGUUUGUUUGUAUUUAUUUGUUAUUGACACAUCACCAUUAUCAUAAACGUUGUUGUGAUUGUCUUCAGUUUCUUUACACACACACACACAUACCUAUUCUUUGCUGAUUGUCAUACCCUGUGGCUAUUAUUUUCGUUUCUCAUUUACAUAUCCUUCUUUCUUUAUGUUGUUUCAUAGCUGUUUUUAUUUAUUAUUAUGACUAUUAAGUUUAAAAUUUAUCAGUCGAAAACCCUUUGCAAAGAACAAACCGAAUAAAGAAAAGAAUAAGUGAAGUGAAAUUAAGCGAAUCUAUUAAAAAUCUAAUGAAGUUUUCUCUUAUUUGUAUAGUAAAAAUAUAUAUUUAUAUUCUUUACUUCAUUACUUGUGUUGUCAUCAAAAAUAAAAACAAA